CGGCAGUGAAACAAAAAUCUUCGUUUUGUGCGAGAUAUCAUCAUCGUAGCAUAAUAUUCGCGGAACUUGUAAACUACAAGACAGUAAUUUUGUGUGCUUUUACGCUAAUUGUUAUUCGCUACCUGAAAGUAUUUUUAUCAAGAAGGCGACACAAUUUGUGCUCAAUUAAAGUGUUUUCCAGAUAGCACGAAUUGAUAACUUCCAGUAGUCGCAACUGCUAGUGUAGAUUUAAUUUUCACUUUCAUAUCAGCACCAGGAGAAAUGUCAUUUGCCGAAAGACUAGCAGGCCUGAUGGCCCGGCCCGGUCAAGAUAACGUACCCCGCGAUGACGUCCCGUGGCAUCUGAAAUACGGUGGACGAGCUGUGGGUAUUGUGGGUGGAUUCUUCGCCGUCUUGUUUGGACUGUACAAUUGUAUCGGAAUUCUGCUUGGUGACAUCGGUUGUCUCGUCGGAGGUAUCCUGGAAAUAUUGGCUGGUUUCGUGGUGCUGGCCAUAGAGGCACCGUUCUGUUUCAUGUUCAUCGAUUAUGUUCAGCUGGUGGCGGAAAAAGCUGAUCAGCGGCCUUACUGGAAUCGUGCCGCUCUGUACUGCGUAAUUGCCCUUCCUCCGGUUAUCAUGUGCCUGGGCUUAGGCAGUUUAUUUGGAUGUGGUCUCAUCUUUCUCACCGGAAUGAUUUACGGUAUGAUGGCGCUUGGCAAAAAAGCGUCAUUUGCGGAAAUGCGAGCGGCGGCGGCAGCGGCAACAGCGGCCUCGUCCGCUGAACAGGGUCGGAGCGGAGGUAGUGGGAUAUCCAACCUAGCCCAGGCCGGAGGGAUCCCGAGUAGCAAACAAAAUUCCACUUUGGUGAAUAAUGUGCAACCAAUCGCAUACAGUAUGCCUCCGCCGUACGAUAGUGUAGCAUAGAAGAAGCAUUUCAAGUGCGCUAAUCCCCACCCUUCCAUUUCCGGCAAAUCUGAGGAACCCUCUAAAAACUGCAGAAAUAAAUACAGUAGCAUAUUAUAAACAUUAUAAAGCGCUCCGUUGAUUUAGGGCCCGUUUUUGUUUGUUUAGUUUUCGUUAAUACGUGCUCAUUAGUUCGCUGGAAAUUAUGGCAAAGCUGCACUUAUUAAAUUUAUGAUAACCAGUCGUAUAAUUCAUUAGCAGAACUUACCGAUAGCCUAAUUAUAAAUUGUAUUGAUUACGUAUUAGUGAAACAUACAAACUUGCUGUACAAUUUCACCAAUUGCGUGUAAAUUUUAUUAUACUUUAAAAUUGACUCAAUUUGAGAAACGGACAGAUUGAAGGACUUACUCUAAAAGUAAUCAGCAAUCGAUCGUCAACCUGUGAGAUAUAUAAAAUUUAGUUAGUCGAGCUCUAUUUAUUACACUUUACCUCCAGUGCAUUGAGGGAAUGCGAUUAUUUUUUUGAAUGUUUGUUAGUGAAUAGUUUUCCGCAAUAAGUAAAAAUUGGAUCGAAUGUACAGAGGUUACAUUUUAGAGUACGAAUAGUAAUAAAUUAUGACAAUCUCGUCAUAAGUAUCAAGUAUGUUCUACAUUACGAUUAAGACUGGCAAUGAAACAGAUUAUGUAAAUCAUUUUAAUCUAAAACAAAGCUUGAUUUUAAUUGUUUCGUUUUCAAACAAACAUUCCUGAAUUACUUCGUUCUGCAACAGGUGAGAUUGUCAACAGUCUUUAAGUAUCAGGGACUUAUAUUCGACUGUAGCUUGAUUUCAAAGAUAUUCAUAAGCAGUACAUUUCUUUCCUAAUUGUGUGCAGUUUAGUUGUAUCGUUGAGCUACAUAUCAAUACAUUUCAACAUUAUCUCACUAUCCUGAGAAAUGAAUGGCCCGUGAGUUAUACAGGUGCUAUCGUUUUUCUUUUGCUUUGAAAUCAGUUGCUCAUUCGAAACAGCGAAAGCUAAAGUAAGCAAGUGCUGCGCAACACGUGACACCAGAUACCAUCGUUAGAGGAAAUUAAGACCGGUAACAGCCAGCUAGAUAAUCCACGAUAAACUAUUAAAAUGUUGAGCAGCUCUAGCGUGAUUUCAUUACUUAAGUCGUCAUCAACAUCGGAAUGAGACUUUGAUUCACGUUAUCGUCGCAUUUAAGAAGGACAAGGCGUAAGCGGGAAAAAAAUAUACGCACGAUAAGUGGGACGAUUGAGUAGAAUGUCUCGUAGAAUUGUUUGAAAGCAAAACGAUCAACAAAAAGCAAAGAAAUAAUGUCUAAAAGCGAAUGGAAAGCUAUAAUAGGAAUCAUUAAAAGCUAUUAAAGUAUAUACAUGUGUGUAAAAGUUCAAUAAGUGAAGCAAACAAAGAAUGAAGCAAAGGCAGAAUAAAUCAUUAUGUAAAGAUAUUAUAUUUACAUAAUAUAUUUAUUGUGUACAACAUAUGAAAUGAUAAUAAACCAGAUAACAGACAUUAAACCAA